AUGGAGGACCAGAGGGAGGCUCUGCGGAAGAUCAUCACGACACUGGCUGUGAAAAAUGAAGAGAUUCAGAGUUUCAUUUACUCCCUCAAGCAGAUGCUGUUGAACGUGGAGGCGAACUCGGCCAAGGUGCAGGAGGACCUGGAAGCCGAGUUCCAGUCGCUCUUCUCCCUCCUGGAGGAGCUGAAGGAGGGCAUGCUCAUGAAGAUAAAGCAGGACCGUGCCAGCCGCGCCUACGAGCUGCAGAACCAGCUGGCUGCCUGCACACGAGCUCUGGAGAGCUCUGAGGAGCUUCUGGAGACGGCUAACCAGACCCUGCAGGCCACAGACCGUGAGGACUUUCCUCAGGCUGCCAAGCAAAUCAAAGAUGGUGUGACAAUGGCCCCCGCCUUCCGGCUGUCAUUGAAAGCCAAGGUCAGCGACAACAUGAGUCACCUCAUGGUGGACUUUGCACAGGAGCGGAGGAUGCUACAGGCACUCACGUUCCUGCCUGUGCCUAGCGCCCCUGUGAUCGACCUGGCCGAGUCCCUGGUGGCUGACAACUGUGUAACCUUGGUGUGGCGCAUGCCGGACGAGGACAACAAGAUUGACCACUACGUGCUGGAGUAUCGGCGGACCAACUUUGAGGGCCCGCCCCGCCUCAAGGAGGACCAGCCCUGGAUGGUCAUCGAGGGCAUCCAGCAGACAGAAUACACCCUGACCGGUCUCAAGUUUGACAUGAAAUACAUGAAUUUCCGUGUGAAGGCCUGUAAUAAGGCAGUUUCAGGCGAGUUCUCUGAGCCAGUGACCCUGGAGACACCAGCGUUCAUGUUCCGCCUGGAUGCAUCCACAUCCCACCAGAACCUGCGGGUGGAUGAUCUCUCCGUGGAGUGGGACGCCAUGGGCGGGAAGGUGCAGGAUAUCAAAGCUCGCGAGAAAGACGGCAAGGGGCGGACGGCGUCUCCCGUCAACUCCCCAGCCAGAGGUACUCCAUCUCCCAAGAGGAUGCCCUCGGGUCGUGGGGGACGGGAUCGCUUCACAGCUGAGUCCUACACGGUGCUGGGGGACACGCUGAUUGACGGCGGGGAGCAUUACUGGGAGGUGCGCUACGAGCCGGACAGCAAGGCUUUUGGCUUGGGGGUGGCCUACCGCAGCCUGGGCCGCUUCGAGCAGCUGGGCAAGACAGCCGCGUCCUGGUGCCUGUACGUCAACAACUGGCUGCAGGUCAGCUUCACUGCCAAGCACGCCAACAAGGCCAAGGUGCUGGACACCCCCGUGCCCGACUGCCUGGGCGUGCACUGCGACUUCCACCAAGGCCUCCUGUCCUUCUACAACGCCCGCACCAAACAGCUGCUGCACACCUUCAAGGCCAAGUUCACACAGCCACUGCUGCCGGCUUUCACGGUGUGGUGUGGCAGCUUCCACGUGACGGCAGGCCUACAGGUCCCCAGCUCUGUGCGCUGCCUGCAGAAGCGGGGCAGUGCUACCAGCAGCUCCAACACCAGCCUCACCUAG